AUGCAGAAGAGCGUCCGCUACAACGAAGGGCACGCGCUGUUUCUGUCGGCGGUCGCGCGUAAAGAGGGCACCAAGCGCGGCUACCUGAGCAAGAAGACGGCGGAGAACAGCCGGUGGCACGAGAAGUUCUUCGCCCUCUACCAGAACAUUCUGUUCUACUCCGAGAACGAGCAGAGCGCGAGACCUGCCGGGAUUUACCUGUUGGAAGGAUGCACCUGCGAGCGCUCCCCGGCGCCCAAGAUGUCCACCACUGGGAAGGAAGCGCUGGAGAAACAGCACUACUUCCUCAUCGUGUUCGGUCACGAUGGACAGAAGCCUCUGGAGCUUCGAACGGAUGAGGAGAGCGAGUGCGAUGAAUGGGUGGAGGCCAUCCAGCAGGCAAGUUACUCUGACAUCAUCAUUGAACGAGAGGUGCUGAUGCAGAAAUACAUCCACCUCGUACAGAUAGUGGAGACGGAGAAGGUUGCCGCCAAUCAGCUGCGCACCCAGCUGGAAGAUCAGGGCACAGAAAUCGAGAGGCUCAAAUCAGAGAUUAUAGCUCUGAACAAAACUAAGGAGCGGAUGCGGCCUUACCAUGUCAACCAUGAAAAUGAAGACCCGGAUAUCAAAAAGAUCAAAAAGGUGCAGAGCUUCAUGCGGGGCUGGCUCUGUCGGAGGAAGUGGAAGAUCAUUGUUCAGGACUACAUCUGCUCUCCUCACGCUGAGAGCAUGAGGAAGAGGAACCAGAUCGUCUUCAACAUGGUGGAGGCGGAAACAGAGUACGUCCACCAGCUCUACAUCCUGGUCAACUGUUUCCUCAGACCUCUGCGGAUGGCGGCGAGCUCCAAGAAACCCCCCAUAUGCCACGAUGAUGUCAGCAGCAUCUUCCUCAAUAGUGAGACCAUCAUGUUCCUACAUGAGAUUUUCCACCAAGGCUUGAAGGCGAGGAUAGCCAACUGGCCAACUCUGGUGCUGGCUGACCUAUUUGACAUCCUGCUGCCCAUGCUGAACAUCUAUCAGGAGUUUGUGCGUAACCAUCAGUACAGCCUGCAGGUUUUGGCCAACUGUAAGCAGAACAGAGACUUCGACAAGCUGCUGAAACAGUACGAGUCUAACGCUGCCUGUGAGGGAAGGAUGCUCGAGACCUUCCUCACAUACCCGAUGUUCCAGAUUCCCCGCUACAUCAUCACCUUGCACGAGUUAUUGGCACACACGCCUCAUGAGCACGUGGAACGAAAGAGUCUUGAAUUCGCCAAGUCCAAAUUAGAAGAACUGUCCAGAGUAAUGCACGACGAGGUGAGCGACACGGAGAACAUCCGGAAGAACCUGGCCAUAGAGAGGAUGAUAGUGGAGGGCUGUGACAUCCUGCUGGACACCAGCCAGACCUUCGUCAGGCAGGGCUCUCUGAUCCAGCUGCCGUCGGUGGAGCGAGGGAAGCUCAGUAAAGUCCGUCUGGGGGCUCUCUCUCUGAAGAAGGAAGGGGAACGGCAGUGCUUCCUCUUCACCAAACACUUCCUUGUCUGCACACGCAGCUCUGGGGGAAAACUGCACCUUCUCAAGCAAGGUGGAGUUUUGUCCCUCAUUGACUGCACACUCAUAGAGGAACCAGAUGCCAGUGACGAGGAGGCUAAAGCCGGCGGUCAGGUAUUUGGCCAGCUGGACUUUAAGCUCGUGGUAGAGCCCUCGGACUUGCCUCCAUUCACCGUGGUGCUACUGGCUCCAUCGCGGCAGGAGAAGGCGGCAUGGACCAGUGAUAUUAGCCAGUGUAUAGAUAAUAUCCGCUGCAAUGGCUUGAUGACCAGUGUGUUUGAGGAGAACUCUAAAGUCACUGUGCCUAAUAUGAUCAAAUCCGAUUUGCGUCUCCAUAAAGAUGAUGUUGACAUUUGCUUCAGCAAGACGCUCAACUCCUGCAAGGUCCCCCAGAUCCGCUACGCCAGCGUGGAACGGCUGCUCGAGAGGCUGACCGACCUGCGCUUCCUCUCCAUAGACUUCCUCAACACCUUCCUGCACACAUACAGGAUGUUCACCACGGCGACGGUGGUCAUGGGAAAACUGGCCGACAUCUACAAGAAGCCCUUCUCCUCCAUACCUAUCAGGACGCAGUACCACUCAUUUGACCGUCUGUCUAUCUCAUCCAUCUGUCCCGACUACAGUCUGAAGAUCAAGAGGACAGCCGUGGAUCAGUCCAAGUCCUUGGAGCUGUUCUUUGCCACAAACCAGAACAACAGAGGUGGCGAGCACAUAAACGACAAAUCUCCUCGUCUCUGCCGCAAGUUCUCCUCUCCUCCUCCUCUGUCCAUCCAGUCCCGCACCUCCUCCCCUGUCCGAACUCGAAAGCUUUCCCUCCACUCCCCCAUCACUGCCAGGGUCGGAGGGCUCGACCUGACCAGUCCUCUGUCAAACUCCAGCGUCAACCAUAACACUUCCCAGUCUGCUGCCAGUAGCCCCACAUCUGCCCACACCCCCCAAGCCUCCUCUCCUCCGCCUCCUCCCUCUUCCACCUCUCCCCCACCCAACAACUCAAAGCCCCCGCAGGACCAAGUUCCCCCCAUUCCCUCCUCCCCGGACCAAAGUCCCGGCUCCACUGCAGAGGUGGAGGAUGUACCGAAGGUGGACCCGUUUUCUGGCAAACUGAGACGGAGCAUCCGCAGAGCUCUGCUGGAGUCGGUGUCGCUGGAGAAAAUCAACCCAGAGUCUCCUCAGAGCAGUGAAGCCGGAGACAUGUCUCCAUGUCAUUCACCUUCCACACCUCGACACCUCCGCUACAGGCAGCCUGGAGUCGCAGCAGGGGAGAACUCCCGCUGCCCAGUCUCUCCUGCUUCAGCCUUUGCAAUUGCCACAGCAGCAGCAGGACAUGGUUCACCACCAGUGUUUAUGAACUCUGAAAGAACUUGUGAUAAAGAGUUCAUCAUCCAAAGAGCUGCAACUAACAGAGUUCUCAAUGUGCUGCGGCACUGGGUUUCCAAACACUCACAGGACUUUGAGAUGAACGGGGAGCUGAAGAUGUCGGUGAUCUGUCUCCUGGGGGAGGUGCUCAGAGAUCCAGACCUGCUCCCUCAGGAGAGUAAAGCUACAGCCAACAUACUAAGUGCCCUUUCUCAAGACGAGCAGGAGGACGCCCAGCUGAGGAUAGAGGACAUCUUACAGAUGGCGGACUGUCCGAAGGCGGAGUGCUUCGAGUCUCUGCCGGCGAUGGAGCUGGCGGAGCAGAUCACCCUCCUGGAUCACAUCGUCUUCAGGAGCAUUCCUUACGAAGAGUUCCUGGGUCUGGGCUGGAUGAAGGUGGACAAGACGGAGAGGACGCCAUACAUCAUGAAAACUACUCAACACUUCAAUGAUAUGAGUAACCUGGUGGCAUCGCAGAUCAUGACCCACACCGAUGUGGGCUCGAGGGCCAACUCCAUAGAAAAGUGGGUUGCCGUGGCCGACAUCUGCCGCUGUCUCAACAACUACAACGGUGUGCUGGAGAUCACAUCCGCGCUUAAUCGCAGCGCCAUCUACCGUUUGAAGAAGACCUGGGCUAAAGUCAGCAAACAGGCUAAAACCCUCAUGGACAAGCUGCAGAAGACCGUGUCCACCGAGGGAAGGUCUAAAAAUCUGAGGGAGACCCUGAAAAACUGCAACCCUCCAUGUGUGCCGUACCUGGGAAUGUAUCAAACUGACUUGGCCUUUAUUGAGGAGGGACGGCCCAAUUUUACUGAGGAAGGUCUUGUAAACUUCUCCAAAAUGAGGAUGAUAUCCCACAUCAUAAGAGAGAUCCGACAGUUUCAGCAGACUCCGUACAGAAUAGAGCAUCAAGCCAAGGUGACCCAGUACCUCCUGGAUAAGACACUCAUCAUGGACGAAGAGACACUGUAUGAUCUCUCGCUGAAGAUUGAGCCCAGGCUUCCUGCCUGAGUUGCAGCUGUUUGUGGCCAGUGGGAACCUGCCAAACCUGGACCCCCGAGGGCAACACGCCCACGCAAUCUCAUCAAUCAAGAGGAAAGCUGAGAGUUUUGAGAGCGACGUGGGAAUGGAAAUAAGAGAAAUACUGACUGAAGUGGGAGGUAUCUUUAGAGUGAAGUAUGAGGACAGUGGGACACGCUUUUACAAGAGACUGAGGGAGCAUGAGAAGGGCACGAGGCUGGCGCAGUGUUGGAUUGAUUGUCUUCAAAGACAACCAGAGGAGGAGGUUUUUGGUUGCAUUGCGUGAGGGUUUUUGAGGAGAUGUGACAUGUUGCCGUGUGCGCUCAUCACUCCUCAGACGAGAGUGCGGUGCACACGACAGCACACGUGGAGCAUGGAGUGAAUGGAUGGAAUACAGUGGAUGUAACAGAGAUGUAGCAUAUACAGAUAGUGUGACAGAGAGAUGUC